UCCUCUCCCUCUGCUCUCUUUUUGCCGAUAACAGGAACUCCUAGGCAUCAUUACAAGUUCUGUUUCAGCUCCUAAACAGACAUACAGGAACUACAGGACCGUCAGAAGACCAGAAACAACAUAGAGACAGGUGCAGAGGAUGUCCAGAGGUGACUGGGGUUUUCUAGAAAACCUGUUAGAGGAAAGUCAGGAGUACUCAACUGCUGUGGGGCGUGUGUGGCUCACUGUCCUUUUUCUCUUCCGUAUCCUCGUCUUAGGUACUGCAGCUGAGUCUGCAUGGGAUGAUGAACAGUCCGAUUUUGUCUGCAACACCAAACAGCCCGGCUGUGAGGCUGUGUGCUACGACAAGGCUUUUCCUGUCUCCCAUUUCCGCUACUUUAUUCUGCAGGUCAUCUUCGUCUCCACGCCUACCAUUUUAUAUUUUGGCUAUGUGGCCUUGAAGGGACACGAGGAGCCAGAAGAGGAGACAAAGGAGCAGCGUGGGAGACAGAAGGAUAGAAAAGCCAAAGAAAUCAAGCUAGCCGUGAUACAGGAAGAGAAUGAAGAUGGAAAACAGGUGCAGAAGGAAAAGAAACUUCCCAAUCCUCCUAAGCUCAAGGGGAAGCUACUGGGUGCAUACACUGUCAGCAUAAUCCUGAAGGUCUUAAUUGAGAUUGGCUUUAUUGUUGGUUUGUGGUUCCUCUAUGGAUUUGUAAUUCCAGCCAAGUAUGAAUGCCAGCGAACUCCCUGCCCCCACACGGUGGACUGUUUUGUCUCUAGGCCCACUGAGAAGACCAUUUUCACUAUAUAUAUUCAGGUCAUCGCUUUAGUCUCUGUGUUGCUCAAUGUUGUAGAGCUUUUCUACCUUCUUCAACUGUCCAUCACACAUUAUAUGGAAAAGAAGUACCAAUAUCAGCAGCUAGGGAUCCCUCGAGCAAUAGAGAAAACUCCAGUAAAACUGCAGCCAACAGAGCUUCAGGCUCUGUCUUACCAGGAAAAUGGCCAUCUCUAUCUUCCAGCAGAAAAUGGCACCCAUGCUCAGUCUGUCAUGGACUGGACUGAGAGUAAGCCGCACCCAACAGAGGACAUGCUUCUGACAUACUUACACUGUAUCGGUGACACCACACAUAGAGGUCACUACAAAGAGGACGUUCACACCAAACCCAAUAAGAGUGAUCCUAAAGAGAAACACUGCAAUGAUAAACAUUAUGUAUGAGCUUAGACAAGCAAUGUAAUGGAGCCUGUUUUGGAAUAUCAGAGGGCGGGAUGAAAGUCCACUUUCUGGUCCCAAAGCAUUACUGUGAGACAAUUGCCAUUUCCUGCAUUUCCUGUUUAGAUGAACAGUGGAAUGUACUGUGCUGUAGACUAAACUCACUUUUCCAAGAGGAUUUAAGGAUGGGAUAGAGAUAGGGGUAAUGAGUUUGAACAUGCAAUUAUAAAUUGUACUUUGAGGCAAUCUGCUCAAUCAGUGAAUAAGGUACAGUGAAAAAUCAUAAUUUACGCAAUAGUCCACUGUAGAGUUUUAAGAUUUUCACUCAACCUCAUGCCUGCUAAUGAGCCAAAGUGUGUGUGUGUUCUGUUCACAUUAACUAUGAAUAGUGUAACUAUGUAUAAAAUAUUAAUGAACAAUACUGUAAGGGUAUACCUUUGGUUUUAAUAUUAGACUGAAUGGCUACAUCUCAACUUCUUUAAUUAUAGUACAGGUAAUUUUACAAUUAACAUGCAAAAUGUAAGGUAGCUACAGUACAAUCACGAAGCCAUUGCCAAAUGUCACUUCAGACCCUAAGUCCAUCUGCUUCUGGGCUGCUCCUGUGUUCCUUUUUUUCUGUCUCUGUUUCUAUAAAUCCACAGCAUGUUGGAUAACAGCAUUGCAUGUUUGCUUACCAGUGUUAUUAUUUUCUAAUUAGGAUUAGCUAGCUAGCUAGUGCCAAAGUAUCUGCUAGUAUUCCUUCACUGAAAAACCUUGCAAGCAUACUUUCACUCUGAUUGGGUGUAUUUGUAAAAAGAAAAAUAUUCUGAUGUUUAUAUUUUGCCAUUUCAGGAGUGCAGUGCUGGAAGCAUUGACAAAAUUCCAAUAUUUAGUCAAUGGAGAAAAUGUUACCUAGAACUAUCUAGAUAGCUAGUAGCUAGAAAACGUGGAUUAUAUCUGCAGAGCUGUUUUCAAUUCAGUAUGUACCAUAGUCAAAACAGAAUCAGGCAGCAUAGCUAUCUGUAGCUAGUUCGAACUGUUCAUGCUAGUUAACGUUACUUUAGUGAAGCAACAGUGAGAACCGUCCGUUCAAAAACUUUCAUAGUGUGAUUUUACGGAUAUUUCACAAUUCAAACUCUGAUACAAGCACAACUUGGAAUUAUGUGCCAAAUUUCCAGUAGGCAGCUACCUCACUUUAGCAGCCAGCACACUUUAUGUUCACCUGCCUUUUCUCUCCCCUGAUAUUUUUUUCUAGCAAGUAGAGGAGGGAAUCUCUCCUCAAAUGAGUGCCUUUUUCAAAGCUGUAAAUAGCAUCGCAAAUCCAUGACUACAUUUACAUGCACAUCAAAUUCUGUUUAAGGUCUAUAUUCGGGUUGUAGCCAUAUUCCAAAUACAACAUUUAUAUGCGUACAGGUAUCAGAAUAUUCAUAUAUGUAUGGUUGUUGUAUGUAUGCCGAUCUACACAUGUGCUUUUCCUUUCCCGCUGUUAUUUCCCAGGACUUUCAAGAUGCUUCUGUUGUUUAUAGAGUAUGCUCAGUUGUUAGUUUUAUUACUACAUUUUCAGACUAAUUUAAUUAGGACUCUAACAUUUCUCACCAUCAAAAUUGCCCGACAACACCUCCUCGAAAUGGAAAACGUCGGGUAAGGAGCUGUUAAGCUAAGCAUCUGUUAGCACCCAUAAUUCCUUGCGGACUGUGCAUGAGCAUAUAUCUCCUUUCAGUGGAUUUUCUGAAUAAGGGGUUUGCAUGGUGUAACAAAUUUUACGAUUAAAACAGGAAUGUUCCAGGGGUGGGGAUCAGAAUUUGGGGAAUCAGAAUAUUGUCUUAAUCUGAAUCAUUCAAUCGGAUUGCGGCAUUUACAUGACUCAUUACUAAUUAGAAUAUUGCCAAAUUCCGAUUAAUAUCGGAAUAUUCAUGUGCAUGUAAACAUAGUCAGUGUAUGGAGUUGAAUGGGCUGUAAAAUGUCUCACUGACUCACCAAGUCUUUCAGGCAGACUCAACCAUGUACAGUCAUCCACAUUUAACAAAGAAGUGUACUUCUACUUGCAUUUGACAAAAAAGUCAACUAUGUACCAGUUAAAUAUGUGAAUUAAAAAAGGAUAUAUUUAAGAUUUACUAUAUUUAAAAUUUCAUUCUGUAUUUCAUAUUUAUUCUAAUUGCUUCUAAUAAAGUUGAUUAAUGGUGUCUUCCUUCCUGUA